UCAGCCCUACCUACCAACCUCCCUACCAACAAAAGUUGGCUUACAAGUGCUGCUGGGCUGCUACUGUCAGACCGGGUUGGGGGACAAUCAUCUCCAACUGCUGCUGCUGUUGCUGGUGUGUUCUGUGUGGUGUGGACUUUCUCACGUUUCGGUGGACCCACACAGACACACACACAUACGCACUCACAGAUUCAGGAGCUCGCAUGCCUGAUACUACCCCCGCCUUUCUUGCUACCCACUCUCUCUCUCUGGUGCAUACAUACACACUGAGAAGGAGCGACGGCGUGUGAGCGGAUCCCAUCGUGUGGAGAGCGCUGAAGAGAGGAGACCAGAGAAGAGAGGAGACCAGAGAAGAGAGGAGCGGCGGCACACUCUUACCAUGCCAGUGCAGGGAGAAAGGCUGAAGCGCUGUUUGUCUCUCUGCUUCUGGAGCUGGAGUUCUCUACUAUUGCUUGGACUGUUCUCUCUGCAUGCGCAAGGACACGGCAACAUAUUGGACAGUAUGCUGCUAAAAGCAUCCAGUAAGGAGGCAGCAGAGAGUGGGAAGGAGACUUUUGGCAGCACAGCUCCUGCUUCAUCCUCCCAAAGACUCCUGUGGUGUCACUGUUAUCACCACUGCCCAGAAGAUUCAACCAAUAACACAUGCAGGACGGAUGGCUACUGUUUUACAAUGGUGGAGGAUGAGGGAGGGGUGCCGGUCCAGACGGCAGGUUGCCUCGGGCUGGUCGGAUCUGAAUUUCAGUGCAGAGACGCGGGGAACUCACGUCAAAGGCGAUCACUAGAAUGCUGUACAGAUGAAGAUUACUGUAACAAAAAUCUGCAUCCUACGCUGCCACCACUCAAACCUCCUCUCUACGUAGAUGGGAAGAUCCACCAUGUGGCCUUGUUGAUUUCAGUCACUGUAUGCACCCUUAUAUUGGCUGUCAUUAUUAUUUUCUGCUACGUCAGGUAUAAACGACAGGAGUCUCGUCCUCGCUACAGCAUUGGUCUAGAACAGGAUGAGACAUACAUUCCCCCUGGAGAAUCUCUGAAAGACUUGAUAGAGCAAUCACAAAGCUCUGGCUCAGGCUCAGGGCUCCCUCUAUUGGUCCAGAGAACGAUAGCCAAGCAGAUUCAGAUGGUGAAGCAGAUAGGCAAGGGGAGAUACGGAGAGGUGUGGAUGGGCAGGUGGAGGGGAGAAAAGGUAGCUGUUAAAGUUUUCUUCACCACUGAGGAAGCGAGUUGGUUCAGAGAGACUGAAAUCUACCAGACUGUCUUAAUGAGACAUGAGAACAUACUGGGUUUUAUAGCUGCAGAUAUUAAAGGAACUGGCUCUUGGACCCAACUCUACUUAAUAACUGACUACCAUGAAAAUGGAUCAUUGUAUGACUACCUCAAAUCGACCACUCUAGACAAUAAAGCUAUGCUGCGACUGGCCUACUCCUCUGUGUCAGGACUCUGUCACCUCCACACAGAGAUCUUUGGCACCCAGGGCAAACCUGCCAUUGCUCACAGGGAUCUGAAGAGUAAGAACAUACUUGUGAAAAGAAAUGGGACCUGCUGUAUAGCUGACCUAGGACUGGCUGUCAAGUUUAUCAGUGACACAAAUGAAGUAGAUAUUCCCCCCAAUACAAGAGUCGGUACAAAGCGCUACAUGCCUCCAGAGGUUCUGGAAGAGACUUUGAACAGAAGUCACUUUCAGUCUUACAUCAUGGCUGACAUGUACAGUUUUGGGCUCAUUCUCUGGGAGAUUGCACGUCGCUGCAUCUCAGGAGGAAUCCUUGAAGAGUACCAGUUACCGUACCAUGAGUUGGUUCCAACAGACCCUUCAUAUGAAGACAUGAGAGAGGUGGUCUGCAUCAAGAAGCUACGACCAUCCUUUCCUAAUCGAUGGACCAGCGAUGAGUGUUUGAGACAGAUGGGAAAGCUGAUGACAGAAUGCUGGGCCCACAAUCCAGCCUGCCGCCUCACAGCCCUACGGGUCAAAAAGACACUUGCCAAAAUGUCAGAAUCACAGGAUAUCAAGCUGUGAGAAAGCACUGCCUGGUGUGUGUUUACACGCAUACAAAAGGCAGGUACUAACACUGGCUCUAUUCCAGGCCGUACAAGCUGGGGGGGGGGGUUUUUGUUUGCUUGUUUUUUUGGGGGAAAAGGAGGGGGAACAUGAAGCAGAAGAUCACUUGGGGGAUCCCAUGAUGACAUACUUUGAGUUCAAAUGCCCAGAAAUCUGCAAAGUCCCCUCAAAAACAAUCAGAACUAACUGUGCAUGGCCCUCUUCUGUCCUUCAAAGAAGAUGAGACAAUUACAUUUCCGACUAGUGUGAAGACUCUAAAGCCAGAUAUAGGUUCCUGUUCACAUGCUCCAAAGGCCUUGGAGAAAGAGACUUGAGUUUGACUUGGCACUGUACAUGCUGAGAUACACAAACAGGCUACUGACCAGAGAGUGGAAGACUAUAUGAUUGCUUUCUGUGAAAGCUACCUUACCCGUAGAUGAAGGUCUGAUUAAAAGAACCGAAGGGAUGUGCGUCAAGGCAAUCUGUUAUUGCAGCAUUACACCUCCUUUCUAAACACUUCCUUGGAUUGAAUACACUUUUGUCACUUUUAAAUAGCUUUAAAUUGCUCUUUGUUAUGACAAGUGACACUGUGACAGAAAUAAACAUAUUUUGAAGGUGUACAAGUUUCGAUUAUGGUGAUACCAUUUGUAGACACUAAAGAAAAGGUAAAUUUGUUUUGUGAGCUAAUGAGAAUACCAAACGUUUUCCAUGUACAACUUUAAGGUAAUUUGUAAAAAAACAACAACAUAAUAAUAAAUAAGUUAAUAUGUAUAAAUAAAUCUAGAUUGGGGCUCUAAUGACCUCUGUGUUUCUUUAGGCUUCUUUGGGACAUGUAUUAAAAAUAAAACCUGCCUCGGAAGAGGCGGCGUUUCACCAGUGGAAUGGUUAAAGCAGAGCAGUGCCCCCCAUAGCCACUGUAGAGCAAGUACAGGAAGGAAGGCCUAUCACACAAUCUGAAACUGCUUCACACAAGCUGUAAGGUGAAGUUUUGCUUGAUUAUCUAAUGAUCCAUUAUAAAUGUGUGGAUUUUUGUUAGUUUAGGGGUGCCAAAAGUUGCCAUGUCACGGCUCAUUGUUAUUAUUCACUAAUUCCCAAUGACUGUGGCUCCCGCAAUGAAAAGAUGCAGUGGGUUUAGCAGUAUGCCCUUAUAGUGAAAGAGUGCACUAAGAAGUUGGCUGGUUCAAGAAAGCACCCAAGCCUCACCCACAAUAUUAAACCACAAGAAGUUAACUUGUUGACUCUAUGAAAUUUUUAGUUCCUAGUUACAAGCCGCCUUAUACAUGUACGUUAAUGUUAAACUAUUUCAGUAUAAUAAACCAGUUCUGUUGAACGCAAAUGGCACUUUGGCACUGAUCAAGUCAGUUUCUAUUAGGCAAGUUCCUCCAUUAACUCAAACUCUCACAUAGAAACAUUCCACUGUUGGGAAACUUCAUGAUGACAUAUUUCUCCAGGUAAAAAGUUAUCACAGUUAGGGGGCUUGUUAGGUCAUCCACAGUGGUGUGCUGUCACGACGUCAGUGCCAGUUGAGAUUUCUCUGACUGGCUUAUUUUAUUUUUUAGCUUUCAUAAUUCCUCAGUUUCCAUUUUCAUUUCCUUCAGAGGUCACUGAAUUUCAAUCUUGCUCUUGUCAACAAAACGACAGCGUUUUUCUUAUGGAUGGAGGUUUUGGUGUGGCAGAUUUGUUGUGAUAUACAGUAAAUACCCUUUCUUUCCUCUUGGGUGUUGUGCCUUAUUUGAUCUGUAUCUGCUGUAGUUGUCCGUGAGAGAAAGUCGUGUUUUUAUUCAGUAAAAGGUUGAACAUUCCCCCCCAAUAAAGUGUUUCACUCA